AUGAAUCCAAGCGACAACCUCCAACCUCAAACCUGCAAGAACUGCCCAGAACCAGUCACAGAGGGCUCCAUUGGCAUCACAUCCGGCAUGUGUGUCUCUUGCAGUGCUAACCAUGGAGAGCCUCAGCAGCAAAUUCCAUCGUCGCAUGAAGAUUCCUCAGAAGAAACCAUUGAACUAGAGACCAAUUCGCCUCAGUCUGGUACUGGGCAGGUCACUGGUGCUGAUGUCGACAAAAGCUCUGAAGAGAGCAAAAAUGACGAGACCAAAGACGCCGAUGAUAGCAAGGGGACCAUCAACACUGGCACUACUACCCCCGCUGAAGAGGAGAGUCCACCCUCUAAUGGCCACAAGUGCCGUCGUCCAGCCUCCUCCAAAAACAGCGACGCUCUUAAAUUAACCCCCGCCUGUGCCAGUUGCAAAAAAGCCAAAGUCCGCUGCACGCAUCGCCGCGUCCUUGGUGAAGACGGCACUAUCUCCGCCGAUGACCAAACACCCCCUCGACCGCAAAAGAAAACCGUCCGACUCCACCUGAACAACCCAGCCACAACAGAGGGGACGCCAGAAGCUGACCCCAAUGCCCCGCGACAGACCCGCGGUGGUUUCCAAAAGCGCAAGGUCGCGGAAACGGAGGAGAAUGAUAGCCAGGAUAUCUUCGAGUUACCUGGUAAUGGCACGCGCGAGGAAUCGCAGCCUCCAGGCCAGAAACGAGCACGACGCAGACGCAAUGCUAGGGACAAUAACGAGGAUGCUAUUGAGGGGACGGGUAAUUCCUCUGAUGCCGCGCAAGCUACUAUUGAAGAUCCUGCUUCUGCUGCUACUAGCGGUAUUGCCGGAACUGGCGUGUUUCGGAUUACCAGGCCCCCUUUCCCAGCUGGUAACCUCCAAGGCUCGACGGUGCUAGCUCGACAUGUGGUUCUCAGCCGUGAGCUACAGCAGAAGAUCGAUGAUUGCCAUGCGAAGUGGUCAGCGGCGAUGGAGGGCUUGCAGGGGGCGAAGCGGGCGCUGGAUACAUGGGUUGAUGUGUGGACGAGGGGGGAAUAACUAUAUACCAAGGUCAGAGGUGUGUUCCUUAUAGGUUCAAUUUCUACAUGGGGUAUUACUGGCUUUGAAGAAGGGAUUUCGAUAGAGAAUGAUUCGGUGGAUCUUGGUUAUGGCUAGAUGUAGAUAAAGGGUUAUCCACGUUACAUAUUUUCGAACAUAGUACUAUAUUUGCGGCACGGUGUGG